AACAAUGCUCCACACGGCAAACGUAAACAAACCCAGCAAGGACGACCACCGGAACGCCAGUGCGGCAGGUGUAGUACGCCGGGCGCAAACAGAAGGCGCGUCAUAAAUCGUACUCAUCAACACGGAAUAAAGUUAUCCUUCGGUUUCGUGGCUGGUGCUGUCGGGCUGCAAGUUGCCUGGCAUUGGUGUGUUAUUUAUUUUCCUAUUGAUCUCCCUCCCGCGGGUGGGGGUCACACUCACACACCGCCGGUGCCGUGCGCCUCCUCGGGUUAUGUAACGGAUCCGCAAGAUAAUCAACCCCGAUCCGAACUCCGACUCGCGCUUGACACGAUGGCGGUACGGCAAUCCGCGUGCAGAUUGCUAUCGGCCGUCGCUGGCACCGGUCCGUCCUGUGGCGGUGCUGUGGAACAGUCGCUCGAAACCAUGGCACGGAUCAUUCCGGGAAUAUUUAAACACUCGCGCUGCCGGAACAACGUGUACCCGCAGAGUGACGUGCGGCGAUAUCCGGUCCCGGAUGAGUCCGUCUUUUGGACCCAGACGUACUCCGACUAUCAGCCACCGUUUCACGAAUCACCCAUCCUGCAAGGGAAAGAGUGGGCCGACUUGGAUAUCGAUAACACCUCAUUUAAACCGAACUGGAACGAACUGGACGGGAAGGUCAACCGGGUGAGCUUUGUCGGGGCGUACGAAAUACGGGACAGCUGCCCGCUGAAUCCUUUCGGACGUACGGGUAUCCGGGGCAGAGGAAUACUUGGUCGCUGGGGACCGAACCAUGCGGCCGAUCCGGUCGUGACGCGCUGGAAGCUCGAUGAGGAAGGCCGCCCGGUAGUGCACCCGGCCAGUGGCAAGCGCGUUCUGCAGAUGUGUGCGAUUGAACGGCAGGACUGUGGCGAAUGGGCCAUCCCGGGUGGGAUGGUAGAUCCGGGCGAGAAGGUUAGUGCGACGUUGCGCCGUGAGUUUCUCGAGGAAACGAUGGACAACGAUGCCGGCGAGAUGGCGGGCGAGGUGGAACAGUUCUUUGCGGCCGGUACCGAGAUCUACAAAGGAUAUGUGGAUGAUCCGCGCAACACGGACUGUGCCUGGAUGGAAACGGUGGCGGUGAAUUUCCACGACGAGUCGGGCUCGGUUGUGGGACGGUUCCCGUUGCACGCCGGGGACGAUGCGGCCAAGGUACGCUGGAUGGAUGUGGGCGAGGAGGUGAAACUGUACGCCAGCCAUUCGAACAUUGUCAAGCGUGUGGUCGAUAUGCUGGAAGCGCACUGGUGAGAGGCGUGCAGAGGAGUGUGUAUCAUCAUAAAAAGCAGUGAUUGGCACGCACAUCAGUGGAAACACAGCAGACCCUUUUUUUCGGAUUCUUCGGAAGGCUUGUUUGACCUUCGAGACAAUGCCUGUGUUGGAAAGUUCGAACGUAACUAUCGGGCCAGGAGAAAACGAACAGAGGAAUAAAUGCAACAUUUUCUACUCCGCUGGCAUGUUGGUUGGUGAUUAAAAUAA